CUCAGUACCAAUGGCUUGAGCAGGAGCUACCAAAAGUUAACAGGAGUGAGACACCAUGGUUGGUUGUCUUACUGCAUUCCCCAUGGUACAACAGCUACAACUAUCAUUACAUGGAAGGAGAGAGCAUGAGAGUCAUGUUUGAGUCUUGGUUUGUGCAGCACAAGGUUGACGUAGUCUUUGCUGGUCAUGUCCAUGCCUACGAACGAUCUGAACGUGUAUCGAAUAUUGCCUAUAAUAUUGAAAAUGGAAAGUGCUCUCCGGUGGUGAAAGAUCAAUCUGCGCCGGUGUACAUUACCAUUGGAGAUGGAGGAAAUAUUGAAGGCUUGGCAACCAAUAUGAGGGAGCCACAGCCAGAUUACUCAGCUUAUAGAGAGGCCAGUUUUGGUCAUGCCAUUUUUGACAUCAAGAACCGAACUCAUGCCUUCUACAGUUGGCACCGGAACGAUGAUGGAGUUGCAGUGAAAGCCGAUUCUAUGUGGUUUUUCAACAGAUACCAUCAUCCUGUUGAUGAUUCUACAAGUUCCCAAUCAUGAUCAUGGGAAAA